AUGUCUACCCAACCUUCCACCUAUGUGCAUGCCAACCCCAAUGCGCUGUCAGUCCCCACCAAUAUCCAGGAGAUACCUGCGUGGGCCCAGGAGAUCAAAAACCUCCUCCUGGCUAUGAACCAAAAUCUAUCCUUGGUCAUAGGACAAGCGGCUGCCCACCAUACAGACAUUGGCACCACUCAGGCUACCCUCAACAACCAUGAUAGUAGCAUCACCAACCUUGACGCCCUCAUUGUUAAACUAGGGGCUGAUAUUGCCAAAAUUGGCACCGCUGCUGCUUCUGGUUCCUCCCUUGCCUUGGCUACCAAGGCUCCUAAACUUGCAACACCAGACAAAUUUGAUGGGUCAGACAAAAAUAAGGCAAUCUCCUUCAGAGUUGCUGUUUCUCAUUAUCUCAGGAUCUCAUAUCCUGGCUCAACGGUGGAUGAGCAAAUCGCCUUUAUUAUCUCCUGCCUGGAUGGCAAGGCCCAUGAGUGGCUUGAGCCCUACCUGGAAGAGGAUGUUGUUAAAGGGAACCCUGUUUCUUGGCUCCACAAUUUGGAUGCCUUCUGGCUGCAAUUCAAUGCACGCUGGAAUGUCCAAAAUAGGACUGAGAACUUCUGCGCCAAGCUGCGCACCCUCAAACAAACCAAGGGAGUCCAAGAUUAUUACAAGGACUUCCAGACCUAUUCUCAAGGUCUUGGUUACAACGACCCCUCUCUCAGGGAUAUGUUCUAUGAUGGCUUAUCCCACAAAAUUAAGGAAACUCUCAUGGUUCAAGAUUAUGACCAUGCAGAUGCCUCUGUAACUCUUGCAACUCUUGCAGAGAAGGCCCUUAAAGUGGAUCAAUGCCUAGAGCAGUUUGCAGCCCAGCACAAGGUGUCAUGA